GUUAAAAAGAAGAUUUAGAGCUAAUGGGCAUCAAAAUGGGCCCAAAAAUACAUUUAUUGAAAGUGUUGGGAAAUCUCAGGGCUACUGACAGUGUAAUUGAAAAAGAAAACAACAGAGAAUUUGCAUUAUCUUCAAAUAUAAUUACUCCAUCAAGUGGAAAUUAUCCAUCAGCUGCUGGUAGAAGUAUUGAAAGAGCAUCAACAUCAUUUGACGUUGGUGCCAUUCCAAAAUUUUCGAAAUAUGGCACGGUAACAGCGACACUAGAAGCAAAGACUGGAGGCCUCGAAAUAUUGAAAGCAUUAAGAUCAUCUAAAAUAUUUGAAGAUGCUAACAGGAAGGCCCUCGUAAGAAUUGUUACAUCUGAACUAGUCGACUAUCAUCAAAACCAUUAUCCUCCGCAAUCGGCUAAAUUAGCUUUGGCAAAAGCAUUAAUCACUGAAUUUCCGCGACUAAAAAAUGAAUAUUCAAAAGAUGGUUGGGAGCAUUUUUACGAUCAAAAUUCUAAAAAUGGUUUCAUAGAAUAUCGUUUGAGUACGAUGAGAACCAAGUUGAGUCCAUCAAAAAAAAAUACACAAAAGCAGCUCUAAAAAAGUCUGAAGUACUUUCCUCUUCUUCACAGUCUGCUGACUACCAAUUUACUAGUGAAGAAAUAGAUAAAAAGAUUUCUUUAUUAAAAUUCAUUAAGCCUUCUGAUGAAAAUAAAGGAAAAAUUAUUACUUGUAUGCAAGAGACAAGAGAAUUCAGAUGGCAUUGGAUUCAAUCUGCAAGUCCAACUAUUUCAGAAGUUUUUACAACUUACACGCGUCUCUUGGAUUACGAUGGAGAAAUAAUUGAACGCGAUUUCGAUAGUAAAUAUCCAAACGUAGCAGAUAACUUUU